UCGUCGACCAUCCACCACACAACACCGCCAACAUGGGAAGAGGACCAAAGAAGCACCAAAAGCGUCUGUCAGCGCCAUCCCACUGGCUGCUUGACAAGCUCUCCGGUUCAUAUGCGCCCAAGGCAUCCCCCGGUCCGCACAAGCUGCGCGACUGCAUGCCUCUCAUCGUCUUCAUUCGCAACCGUCUGAAGUACGCCCUCAACUCCCGCGAGACCAAGGCCAUUGUCAUGCAGCGCCUGAUCAAGGUCGAUGGCAAGGUCCGCACCGACCCAACCUACCCAGCCGGCUUCAUGGACGUCAUCGGCAUCGAGAAGACGGGCGAGAACUUCCGCCUCGUCUACGACACCAAGGGCCGCUUCACCGUCCACCGCAUCACCGGCGAGGAGGCCGAGUACAAGCUUGGAAAGGUCAACCGUGUACAAUUGGGCAAGGGUGGCAUCCCAUUCUUGGUUACGCAUGACGCGCGCACUAUCCGAUACCCCGACCCUGCGAUCAAGGUCAACGACACCGUCAAGAUCAACAUCGCCACUGGCAAGAUUGAAGACUUCAUCCACUUCGAUACUGGUGUGAUCGCCAUGGCUACUGGUGGUCGCAACAUGGGUCGUGUCGGUGUCAUCACCCACCGCGAGCGCCACGACGGAGGCUUCAACAUUGUGCACAUCAAGGACGCCAUUGACAACGAGUUUGCCACUCGUGAGUCGAACGUGUUCGUCAUUGGUCGCGAGAAGCCGUGGAUCUCUCUGCCCAAGGGCAAGGGUGUGAAGCUCACCAUUGCCGAGGAGAGGGAUCGCAGACGCGCUCAGGCUCUUGCCGGUCACUAAAUCAGAAAUGAUGAGGAGGACUUGAGCAUGAAGUGAAGGGUUGUCAUGAGGAGAGGAGAGGAGUGAGGAGGAUGAUGAAGGGUUGC